AUGGCCGGAAACUGCAAAGCACCGCGUCUUUCAGCAGUUGCGAUCGCCGUCUUCGCCCUCUGCUUCUUCCCGUCCGUACUGGCCAAAGACGAACCCUCGCCGGUCAUCCGGUUACCGUCCCAAGCCGCCGGCGAAAGCCAGAAUCCGUGCUCUGGGGCAGCGCCGUCGUCGUGCCCAGUUAAGUGCUUCCGGACCGACCCCGUUUGCGGCGUGGACGGCGUGACGUAUUGGUGUGGGUGCGCCGAUGCCGCAUGCGCCGGCGCAAAAGUUUCGAAGUUAGGGUUUUGUGAAGUGGGGAAUGGGGUUUCAGCACCUUUGUCUGGUCAGGCACUGCUGCUUGUGCAUAUUGUGUGGCUCAUUGUGUUGGCCUUCUCCGUUUUCUUUGGUCUUUUCUAA